AUGGGAGGGAGGGCCGACGCCGUGGCCGACGCCAUGGCGCACGAAGCAUCCAAGCCCCGUGCGAAGCUGCACAAGGAGAAACCCGUCCCCGCCAGCGAGGGGUCCAGCCGGCAGCAGGGCGGCCUUGACGUCGUCGACCACGUCCAGGCUCUUCAUCCGGUGCAUGUGGCACCUAGGCCGGAGCAGGUGGCUCCUCCGCCGGAGCAGGUGACUCCUGUGCCACGCCAUCUGCCUCCUCUGCCGCAGCCCGUCGUCAACGUCGACGGCGACGACGACGGAGAAGAGUCAAUUUUGGUGGCCCCGGUAGCUGCUCUGGCUCCUCAGACGGAGCAGGUGUCUCCUCUGCCGCGGGUGACGCCUCCGGUUCCCGAGCCUGUGGUCGCCGGCGACGUCAACAAAGACGACGUAGAUCCUCUGGCUUCUCUGCCGGAGCAGGUGGUGGCUUCUCAGCCUCAGCCGGGUGUUCGUCUGCCGCAGGUGUUGCCUCCUCUGCCCCCACCUGUGGUCGUCGCCGACGAGAACGAAGAAGAGGUUGAUUUGGCCAGGCCUGAUUUGGCCCCAUGUUUUGAUGCAUAG